UCAUCUGGCCACACCCCCAGGAUCACUCAAUAGCUCCACCUCCUCGCCGAUGAUCGGCCGCCGGAACUGUAGCUCAGGAGAGGCACACAGGUGGCCAAUCACAGGCGAGGAGGUGGAGCUUGGAGAGGAGGAGCCGAACGGCAGCGCGAAGAUCAAAGAAGAUCGAGUGAGGGAGCUGCCGGAGCGAAUGAAGAGGAGAGCGGCCGGAGAAGGAAGACAGCUGACCGAUGGUGCUGCUGCAGCCAGGUAUGCUGGCUGUAGAUGGGAGAGGGAGGGAGCGAGCCCAGGCCAGAGCAGGGGUCAGCAAGGUAAGUAUCAUUGGUAUCAGUGGGAG